AUGAUUGAAGAAAUAUACAUUAAGAAUAAACCACGACAAAAACAUCAAAUUGUUUAUCGUGCUGAUAAAAUUAAGCCAUCUGAGCUUGAUGCUAUCAAACUUUCAUCAAAAAAUAAAGAUAAAGAUCUAAUUAUAUCAAUGAAUGGCUUUGUUUCAACAACAACUGAUAAAGCGAUCGCUGAAUUAUAUGCUAAGAAUCCAUCUACACUUGUUGAUUUUGUAUCAAUAUUAUAUGAAAUAACAAUUAAUCCAGACAUAUCAUGCACAGCAUUUGCUGAUAUCGAGACAAUAUCGUUUCAUCCUGAAGAAAAGGAAUUGUUAUUUAGUAUUGGCUCAACCUUUUCCGUAGAUAAUGUUAUUAAAAAUGAUAAUGAAGAUUUUCAUCGGAUUCAAUUGACCGCACGUAAUAUAAGGGAUGCCGUACUGAAUGAGAUGAAACUAAAAGUAAAAAAAUCAUCGCUUUCAUCUUUGAGCAUACUUUUAACAAAGUAUUUAAUUGAAUUGGGUGAAUAUCGUGCUGCUGAACGUUAUUUAAAGUCACUAAUACGUGGCGGAGUAUUGGAAAAUGAUCCAUCGUUAGCUUCAGCUCAAAACUGUUUGGGACUCAUUUACUCGAAACGAGGCAUACAUGGUGGUGCACUUAAGCAUUACAAGAGAGCAUUGAACAGUCAAGUUAGAUUGGAAUAUUCAAAUAAUAACGCAUUAGCUGAAAUUUAUAAUAAUAUUGGUUAUAGUUAUCUUAUUGGAUUACGUGAUAUUGACGUAGCACUACAAAAUUUUGAUGAAGCUGAACGAAUACAGUUACGUGAACCAGAUUUAACACGAGAACAUUUGGCAUCAAUUUACUGUAACAUCGGACAAGCAUACUUUAUUAAAAAUGAUGAUGUUAAAGCUCAAGAAUACUUUGAAAAAUCCUAUCAAAUCUAUGAACAAGAUUCAAAAAAAAAAAUAAAAUAUGACGCAUUAGAACAUAGUUUAAUGAAAGCUGAUUUAUGUGUCCACUAUGGACAUUUAUUAAAUAAACUAAUUAAUACUUUCGAUGAUGCUCAAGACAAAUAUGAUACAGCAUUAAAGAUUUAUGAAAACAUAUUAAUAACUACACAUCCAAAAUUAAUGAAUGCAUAUAUGAUCAUAUUAAGUGACUAUGCCAUACAUAAAGCCUAUGAAAAAAUAAUAGAAACAUAUGAAAAAAAAGAUUUUAAAGUGUUAAUUAAUAACUAUACAGAAAGUCAGCAAAAUUUAGCUAAUUUACAUUUUCUUAUCGGUGCUUGUUAUGUUUCUAUGGAAAAAUAUGAUGAAGGAGUGAAUGUUUGGCAAAAUGCUAUUCUGUAUGAGAAGAAACAACAUUUAGAUCAAAAUUUAUCAACAGGAAUAAUUGAUUUACCAAGUCAACUAAUGAAUAGAGCCUAUCGAAAAGCAUUUAAUUAUUAUAACACUGAGUCAAAUAAUGACUUAUUUAAUUGUGGAAUACUCAGUUCUAAAUUAUUUAAUUAUGAUGACGCAAUCAAAUAUCUCAAGUCCAUUGAAUCACAGACAAUUAAUCAAAAUAUAAUUAGGUCAAUUAUACUUGGUGAUAUGUAUUUAAAUAAAGAACAAUUCAAUAGUGCAAUAAUCGAAUAUCAUAAAGCACUUAAUCAAAUAGAAACACAAGAAACCAACGAUUUAUUGAGAGAUGCAAUAAAUUUAUUGAUUAUUCAAUGUACAGAUAAUAAUAACAAGAAAUUAUAUGAAUUAAUUCAAAUAGAAAAUAGUUUAAUGAAUAAUGAUGAUACUGAUUACAACACUAUUUCUAUGAAAGUAAUUAUUUAUUAUGAAAUAGCCCAAACAUAUUUAAACUUAGGGGAAUAUGAAGAUGCACGCUUAUAUUCUAAUCAGUCGAUUAAAUUAAAAUCAAAUUACUUUUCAAGUUAUCAUUUAAGUUUAGUAAAAGAUUAUUUAUUGAUUGCAAAGAGUUAUUUUGAUGAAAAAAAUUAUAAUGAAUCAUUACAAUUUUAUGAACGUAUAAUUGAAAUACAGAUUGUUAAUCUUCCUCCUGAUCAUAUUGAUAUAAAAAUGAGUUAUUAUAAAAUUGGUGAUAUUUAUUGUAAAAUGGAAAAAUUAGAUGAAGCAUUAGAAAAAUAUGAAAUUGCAAAAGCAGAUAAUUUACACUAUUAUAUGCCAAUGCAUACGAAUUUAGUUGAUUUAUAUUGUAAACGAAAUGACUACUCAAAGGCUGCUAAAGAAGAAGAAGAAAUACUUACUAUUUUACGUAAACAAUUAUCAAACGAUUUUAUCAAAAUGGCUGAAGAAAAAUACUUGAAUAUACGAUUAUCUGCAUUUGAAACAAUAUUUAAAAAUAGAAUAAAUAUAGAAAGUAGUGAAAUGCUUGCAUCUUUUCUCCAAGAUUUAAUCCUUAUUUAUUAUACAAUUGGUGAUAUUUACGUUAAAAAAAUAUUAAUUGAUGUUGAUGAUGAUAGUGCACGAAAAAUAGAAUUAGGACAAUCUCUUAUCAUGUAUAAUAAAGCAAUUAUUCUUCAUUUAAAAAUAUCCAUGCAUCAGGAUGAAAAUUUAACAUUCUUAAUGUAUCAUAAACUUGGAAAUGUUCAUGAAUUACUUGGUAAUUUAGACGAUGCAAUUAAAAAUUAUAAAAAUGUGUUAAAGGAAAUCGAAACACUUGAAAAUAUGUCAGAAGAUGCCAAAAUAAAAAAGUAUGCGUUAUAUUAUAAGCUUGCAAAUUUUGGUUUUAUACAAGAGAAGUAUGUCGGAUUACAUCAAUAUAUCUAUGAAGCAGAGAAAGAAUUGUUCUGGCUGGGUUCAGAAAAAGUGAAACAAACAAUGUUCAAGAUUAUGGAAAGGAUAGAUCGAUUUUAUGAUAACGACAAUUGUGAUAAUGUCUUUGAUGAUUUAAUUAUUAACGGUGUAGAAACAUACUUUAGUUUAGCACAAGCAUAUUUUGAAUUAAAUGAUUAUGAAAAAUCAUUAGAAUAUUUCAAAAAAAAUAUUAAAUCAUCAUCGGCGAAUCUAAUUAUGAUUGAUCUUGAUAUUCCAAAAGAAAUAAAUAACACAAUGGCAAAAUAUAUUCCAGAUUUAAUUAUUGAGAAGUUGAAUAAAAUAAAGACAAAAUCGAAUUAUGAUCAUGACGAUAAUAAUAACCAUAUACUUGAAUCCUAUAUCAAAUGUGGUGAAAUAUCAGUAAUAACAAAUAAAUAUAUCGAUGCUAUCAAAUAUUAUUUAAAUGCAUUUUAUUUAUAUGUAGCAACAUUAAGCAACGACGAAAUAUUACGAUAUAAAGAAAUAAUAGAUAAAAUUUGUGAAAAAAUCAAACAAGAUAGUCUUGAACAAAAAGAUAUUAUUGAUUAUUAUUCGAAUAUUUCAAACCAAGAUGCGAUAAUGAUUAAUAUGAAAUUCGGUGCAUUAAAUAGAAAGAAUGGUGAUCAUAAAAAUGCAAUUAAAAACUAUGCUGAUGCUCUACAAUUAUUAGACGAAGGAACAGCAAAUCAAAUUAUUAAAGCAGCAAUUAAUUACAUUUUUUUAAGAAUUUAUUUAAAAGAUAUUAAAACUGAUGAUGAUAGUGAUUCUUCUCUUUCUAUCAAAAAUGAUCUUGCAUUUUAUCAAUCCUUAUUGCCAAGCAAUUCUAUAUCUAAUGAUACUGAUGCCAAGCAUAUUAAUGAAUAUCGUAAACAAAUGAUUGAAAACAUGAGAAUUGAUAAACAACAAAUACCAUUAUCUGAUCGUGUGCUUAUUUAUAAAUUAAUUAUUGAUAUAGUUGAAGAUGAAAUAAUCAAAAAGAAAUAUAAUGAACUAUUGUGUCGGACAUAUUUCGAAAAAGAAGAUAAAGAUUCUUAUGCGCAACUAUCUUCCGAUAGUCUAAAUUGUAUUGGGCAUGUACUUACAAGGGCUGACGACUAUGAAGGAGCUGUUUUAUAUUGGACCGAAAUAAGGGAAUUUAAAGAACAAAUGUUACCAAAAGAGAUUUUUGAUAUGAUACAUUCAGCAGAAUCACCAUUCAUUCAAAUAUAUAACGAAACAAAAUUAUUCAAUAAGAGAUUAACAAAUCAUAUAUUAUUGAUUGCAGAUAGUUAUAAAAAAUGUGCCGAUUAUCAUUUAAACAAUGGUAAUUACUAUGUUAAAUUGGCUGAUGAAGAUCAGGACGAUGAUGCACAGUUUUUGACUUAUCAAAAUGCAGCUAUGGAAUGCUAUCAAAAUGCUAAGAAGUAUAAUGAGUAUGCGUUUAUUAUUUUAAUGAAAACAAAAGAUGAUGGAUGGAAAAAUGAAAGUAUUUACCAUAAAAAUAUUGAACAUAUAGAUAAAAAUAUUCAUGAAAUUGUCGGCGACUCCAGCGUAAAACGCGGUGAUAAAUUUAGAAAAUUGGCUACCGACGCUAAAGAAGGAGAAAUAGUCUAUUAUUAUCAGCGUGCUAUAUUGUGUUAUGAAUAUGCAAAGAAGGAUUAUAAUAUUUUGAUAAAAAUCGAUAAAACUUAUCUUAAAUCAAUUAAACAGAUUAAUAAUUAUAUUCGAGAUACUCUUGAAAAAAUUAUCAAUCACAGACUAAAACAGGGUGAUAAAUUGGCUAGUAAUAUCAAAAACGAAGAAGAUAAUCAACUUGCUAUUCAAUAUUACGAAGAUGCAAAAUUAAACUAUAAUUAUGCAUUAAAUAUUUUAGAAGAAAACGGAGAGAAGCAUGAUGAAAUUAUUAAGUUUUAUCGUGACAAUAUUGAACAUAUAAAUGAAAAGAUACAACGUAUUACUGGCAAAGUAUUAGGUAGGAAUUAUGUUGCUGCUUAUUUAACUCUUCCAAUUGACAAUUAA